CUUCCCGUUCGAUGUAUAGAUUUUGGCGGUUUAACCAAAGGGGCGGUGAGGGCGAUAAUAGAGCUUGUAUUUGCCGAAGAGGCGUUGCGCUGUAGGUGGGAGCACAUCAUUGUCAGGCGGCACUGAGGACCCCGUGAGGCGUCGCCCGCUUAGGAGCCCGGAGAUGAACAAGCGGGCUUCGUCGCAUCAGCCGCCCCCUGCGUGGGAAAAAGAGCAGCUCUGGUUCUACCUUCUGGCGCUGGGGUUCGACCCGGGAGGAGGCGCGGCCGCUGGGAAGAUCUCUAUGCAUCUCCGCCUGGGGCCGGACAUGUUUGAUAAGCCAAACAAAGAUGCAUUCCAUGUUGUUUCGUACUUCUUGUUUUCAAAGCUGGAUCAGUUGCGUUGCAAUGAGGUCUUUCGAUUUUGUUUUCCUCCAAAAGACAAGAAGACAGACUCUGAAUUCAGGAAGCAGUGCUGUGACUGGCUAAAAGAAAUUUCAGAUGAAUCCAGGAGCGACUUUCCUUCAGUAAAUGCAUCACUAUUCCUUUCCCCUGGUGGUCCUAAGUUCAUUCACUUAAUGUUCUACCUUGCAAGAUACGUCCUGUUGCAUCACAUCAGAAUAGAUUCUUCAGACGCUGGCGUAUACUUUCCUGAGUCACUGAAUUCGAGGCCUCCGGAUGUCCAUAUGGCAGCUGCGAAAUACUCUGUGGCAUAUCAGAGAUUUUUGUACAGUCUGCAAAAGGAAGACGUAAUGAUUCGAGAGCUUCAGAAAAAAGCACUGAUUUUGACUAAACAGAUAAGAGAUUUAAGACAUGAAAACGCAGAAUUGGACACACAGCUCCAAAAAGCAGAAAAAAAUACUGAUCAGAACCAGAACAUCAUAACAGAGAAAAUUAUACAGGUUCGCUGUAUGUGGGCCUUGAUAAUAGAAACACUUAAACAUCUUCAGAAAGAAAGACAAGUUGUGGAUUCGGUUGUCAAAGGUCAAGUGGGACAGUAUGUAUUAGAUGGCACCAGUACUGCUGUCAGUGUUCCAAGGCUUCUGCUUGAAAAAGUUGAAAAAGACAUGCAUGAACUGGAUGUUGGAAAUAUAUAUGAAGCUGGAAGACUAAACCUGUUGACACUUGCUAAAUUAUUAAACAAAGCCAUGGAGAUUUUAAUGGUUGAACGCCAACAUAUUGACAAGAAUUCAUUGAAACUGGAUUAUCAGUAUUUUGAAGGGAAGACCAAGUUCCAGAAUGAGGCUGUAUCGGGGCUAAAGUCACUGAGGCACAAAUUAAAACGGGAGGAUCAUUUAUCAAUAAAUCAGUCAAUUGCUGAAAAACAAAAAGAAUGGGAUUUGAAGUGGGAGAACUGCCUUGGAGAAUCUCCUUUUCCUUUCAUUAAAGAGCCUAACCCUGCACUUGAUUUAUUACCGGCUAUGUCUCCCCUUUCUUUUACCCCUGCUACAGAGGAAGCUUAUAAAAGUAGUGUAUUUUGCCAGUAUCCUGCAACAGUUCCAGACAUGACAAAAAAGCACUCUCUGACAAAUGAACUUAUGAAGGACAGUGGACCACCGAGAAGUGAGGCUGGUGCAUCUGCAGUAAUCCCAGAAAGAAAUAUUACAUCUUCGCGUUGUGCUACAGAGCCUGAAAAUGGAAUGCAGAUACCUUCUGAGAAGGGAUCCUGUUGUUUUAUUGAAACUCCCAAGAGGAUCGAGUGUUCUGAUUCUCAGAUCUUAAAAUACAAAGGAAAAAAUAAACCAACGGCCGCUUCAAAGAAAAGACAUGCUGGCAUGCUUAAAAAGCCAUCAUCAGUUAAAACUGACGAUCCUCUUAGGAAAGCACAAGAGCAACUGGCAGAAGUAGUGGCAGAUGUAGUUGUGUCUGAUUUGCCACAGAAUACUGCUGGAAAAGGAAAAGAAUUGGAUGACCUGAUUGGCACUUUAGCCGUGAAUCCCUUUUUAACUAGGAAACAAAUUCCAAGGACUCCAGAAAAUCUGAUUACUGAAAUUAGAAGCUCAUGGAAAAAAGCUAUAGAGGCUGAAGAAUCCUCAGGCAUGGAACUGCGUCAUACUGAGUCAUCAAAACACGCGGCACAGGAGUUGGUUUCUGAAUUUAUUGAUAGUAUGGCAGGCUUUUUGUCUGAUACAGCGGAGUCUUCUUGCCAGGAACUGCAGUCUCCAUUUAGACUCCAGGAAGUAGCUACUAGCCCUAACAAAUGGUGGUUCCAUCAAGCAACUGCAGGCUCACCAGAUGCUCAGAUGAAUUGCAAACAAGGAUUAACGUGUACUGUUCCAAAUAAACGUGUAACAGAAAAUUCAGAACUAGCUUUCAAGAGUACAAAUGAGUCAGACUGUUCUCCAGGGGAAGACUUUGCAAAGAAGACACCACCAUCUUAUUGGUGUCAAGGUUCGUCAAUAGAUACAACUCUCACACGGGAUGCUUCUCAGAGAGGCUUUAAUUUAGAUAGCCUUGAAUUGACCCAUUGCAACCUACUUCAAGAAACUCUCCAAGAUGAAGGAGGACUAUCCAUAAGUCUUAAUAGUUCCAGUGGUUUAGAGGUAGAAGAGCUCAGAGAAGAGCACCAUGCCAGAGAUAAUCACAUUUUUGCUGACAGUGAAGUGGAAGAUAAACAGAGACUGAAUUUUCAAUCUAUUCUAAGCAGAUAUGAAGCACUGAAAAUGAGUUUUCUUGAAAAUCAAGACUCGCCUUCUAGAAAGCAAAUCCCAAGGGCCAGAUCGGAAUUUAUUCUCCCUCAAACAAGCUUUGAAACAAAUGAAUUGUUGAGCCCACUGGGAAAACCAUAUGCAUUGGAUGCAGAAGUUGUCAAGAGGCCAUUGUCUGGAAGAAGGGUCAGUCUCUGCCCUCCUGUUGCAUUUUCUCCAGCUCAGUCAAGAGAUGAGACAGGCAAACAGGAUCACAGAGACUUGCUUCCUGAUUUGAAGGAAAAACAGUGAUGCUGGAUGCAAAUGAAUCUCCAUCUACAAAGAUCUGUCAAAAUGAAAUGUAGUGUGAAUUGGACAAUUAUGAUGCACUGAAGUUGGAUUCAUAGACACUUAUCUAAAGUAUUUUUCCAGUUGUUAAUGCUUACGUUGAUACUUUGCUAUUAACUACUGCUAAUCCUGACUAGUAUUGGAUGUUAGAACUAAUUCUUAUUAAGAGAUUUUGAAGCAUUGAUGCCAUGUAAGUUCAGUGGUAAAUGUGAUCAUGUAGCAGUAACACAGUGAGUCAGAUAUUAAAGUAUCUUGUUUUAAAUGGUUAAUUGCAGCACAUUUUAAUCAGAUUUUGGAAGAGAACAAGACUUUUUGAAUAGUUUUCUAACGAAAAUGUUCUUGUACAUAACUGGCUAAGCCUGCUCCAAUGUUUCAUUUUCUCCUCUUGUGUGGGAAACCUGAGCAUUGAGAACAGUCCUAACUGUAGAUGUUUCCAGCUAUAGAAGGAAAAACUCCUGCCCUUCUGUGUGCUGUGUUGAUAUUGCCCUUGCAGUGUUAUGGAAAAUGAGCUAUAGAUCUGUUAGUUCUUUCUGCAAGCCACCUAUGUGGAUAUCUUAUGCCUGCUUCCAUGUAAUAGAACAUAAGAAUUACGAUUUCAGUACAGUUGCCUUGAGUAUCAGUGGUCAUCUCUGGAUAUUCAGUUCUCCAUCCCCCCCCCCCUCCGGUGGUCUACCAGAGAGUGAUUCCGCACACGUUGGAUAAUGCACUUUCAAUGCACUUUAUCAAUCGUUUGAGGUGGAUUUUUUGUUCCGCACACAAAAAAAUCCGUUCCAAAUGAUCUAUAAAGAGGAUUGGAAGUGCAUUAUCCAACGUUUGCGGAAUCACUCUUAGUCUAGAUAAAAAGUUGAUACAUAUUCAGUAAAUGAUUUGCUUUAGUUCACUUACACUUUAAUUUGGGAGGCAGAGGAAUACUGGAUACAAGAUGGUAAUAAAGAUGCAAAAAUAGUGUAGUAGCCAUUACGUACUAAUGUAAAUUAUGGGAUGCGUGCUUUGUUGAAACUCAUUUGCCUGAAAUGCAUAGAAAAUUCUCCACAUUCUGAUACCGAAGGUCUUCAAACUCAUGUUUGUCUUAAAAUAUUUAUUAAAUGUUUUGCCUUCUAAAAAAACUUGUUUAGCCUAAUAAACUUU